AUGGCAUCAAAUCCCAAGCCUCUUCUUUUACUUCACCUUCUCUUGCUCUGCAUACUUUCAUUACAGAUUACAGCAUCACCAGCAACACAAGCAGAAGCUCUUGUCAAAUGGAUAAACACUCUCUCCCCUCUUCCCCCUCGUUCUCCUCUCGCUUCAUGGUCCCUCCGGAACCUCAACAACCUUUGUAAAUGGACAAGCAUUGUCUGCGACUCAACCGAAACAGUCUCCGAGAUAACCGUCUCAGGUGCCGGGCUCAAUGGAACGCUAGCCCACUUCAACUUCACUCCAUUCUAUAACCUCACUCGCUUCGACCUCAGCCACAACAAUCUCAGUGGGCCAAUACCUCCGGAGAUAGGCCGGCUAACGGAGCUUCAGUACGUGAGUCUUCUCGACAACUAUCUCGAUGGGAAAAUCCCAUAUCAGAUUAACAAUCUUCAAAAGGUAUGGUACUUAGACCUUGGAUCAAAUCUUUUAGUAAAUCCUGAUUGGUCUAAAUUUUCUACCAUGCCUUUGUUGACCCAUCUUGCCUUUAAUUACAAUGAACUCACUUCAGAGUUCCCGGGAUUUAUACUUGAUUGUCACAACUUGACCUUCUUGGAUUUGUCCCAGAAUAUGUUCAAUGGAACAAUACCAGAAUCUUUAUUUACCAAUCUGGGCAAGCUUGAAUUCCUUAAUCUUACUGAUAAUUCAUUCCAAGGACCAUUGUCACCAAACAUUUCCCACCUUUCCAAGCUCAAAGAUCUUCGUCUAGGACGAAACCAUUUCAGUGGCCUUAUUCCUGAGGAUAUUGGAGUAUUGUUCAAUCUUCAAACUAUAGAAUUGUACAACAAUUCAUUAGAAGGGAGAAUUCCUUCUUCAAUAGGCCGACUUAAGGAGCUCGGGAGACUCUAUCUUUUCUGGAAUGGCUUGAAUUCUACAAUUCCUUCUGAGCUUGGGUUUUGUACAAACCUCACCUCCUUGUUUCUGGCUACAAAUUCAUUCACUGGGGAAUUGCCUUUGUCCUUGGCCAACCUGACUAAAAUUACAGACUUGGAUUUAUCUGGUAAUUCUCUCUCUGGUAGGAUCUCGCCGUAUUUUCUCUCCAGUUGGACCGAGUUAAUCGAUUUACAACUUCAAGAUAAUCGUUUCUCUGGAGAAAUUCCACCGGAAAUAGGCCUAUUGACAAAGCUCCAAUAUCUUUUUCUGUUUAAUAAUAGCCUUUCUGGUUCAAUUCCCUCCGGGGUUGGGAGGUUGAAAGAUUUGCUGUCAUUAGACUUUUCACAAAACCAGCUCUCUGGUCCGAUUCCUCUUACAGUUGGGAACCUCACAAACCUUCAAUUCUUACAACUUUUCUCCAACAAUCUCACUGGUACAAUCCCACCAGAUAUUGGAAAUAUGACAUCUCUGCAAACUCUUGAUCUCAAUUCUAACCAACUUGAAGGGGAGUUGCCAAACACCAUUUCUCAGCUCGGUAAUUUAACGACAAUCUCUCUUUUCACCAAUAACUUCUCGGGCACUAUUCCGAGUGACUUUGGAAAGUAUAGUCCUCUUAUCAGUGUUAGCUUUUCCAACAAUAGCUUCUCUGGAGAAUUGCCACCUGAAUUGUGCAGCCGCUUUGCUCUUGAAGUUUUCACUGUGAAUGGCAACAACUUCACAGGGCAGUUGCCAGACUGCUUGAGAAAUUGCUCGCAACUAAAAAGGGCGCAGUUUGAUGGGAACCAAUUUAAUGGAAAUAUUACAAAUGCUUUUGGAGUUCAUCCAAAUCUUGGUUUCAUUUCUCUUAGUGACAAUCAAUUUGUUGGUGAAAUCUCAGCAAAAUGGGGAGAAUGCAAAUCUCUCACCAAUUUGCAGAUGGGCAGAAACAGAAUUUCUGGAAAAAUCCCAAUAGAGCUUGGAAAGUUGACUGAACUGAGCAUUUUAAAUCUGGAUUCCAACGAAUUGUCCGGGAAAAUUCCAUCUAUACUUGUGAAUUGUGAUAACUUAUUGAGCUUGGACUUGAGCAACAACAACUUGUCAGGUGAAAUACCAUACCAGCUUGGUUACUUAAACUCAUUCAUGUACUUGUUGGACCUCAGCAACAAUAGACUCUCAGGAAAACUUCCUGAAGACCUUGCAAAGCUUUCAUCAUUGAAGAGUCUUAAUGUGUCACAUAACCAACUUUCAGGCAAAAUCCCAUCGUCAUUUACCAGCAUGGUUAGCCUACGUAACAGCUCCAUCGAUUUUUCCUACAACAAAUUAACAGGUCCGAUCCCAACUAGUACCAUUUUUGAAUAUGCACCUGCAAAAGCUUAUGUUGGAAACUCAGGUUUGUGUGGAGAUGCAAAAGGACUAACUCAUUGUUACACAGAUUCCAGAAAGAAAAAGAAUUCUAAUACGACUCUGUUAGUUGUCCUCAUUCCUGUCUGCGGCCUAUUAUUGCUGCUUACAACAAUUGUUACUGGACUCAUAAUAUGUUACCGGAAGACGAAACUCUUGGAUGAAGAAAGCAGAGCAAUUUUAGAGUGUGAGGAGAAGGCUGAGUCACUGAUAUGGGGAAGAGACGGUAAAUUCACAUUCAGGGAUAUCGUGAAGGCCACAGAAAACUUCCAUGAGAAUUACUGUAUUGGAAAAGGAGGAUUUGGAAGCGUUUACAAAGCAGCAUUGCCAGCAGGUCAAAUUGUUGCAGUUAAAAGAUUUAACAUGUCAGACUCCAAUGACAUCCUUGUAGCCAGUCACAAGAGUUUUGAGAAUGAGAUUCGCAUGUUGACAGAAGUCAAGCACCGCAAUAUCAUUAAGCUUUAUGGGUUCCGUGCCACUCAGUGGUGUAUGUACUUGGUUUAUGAAUAUGUGGAGAAAAGCAGUUUGGGAAACGUAUUGUAUGGGGUAGGAGGGAAAGCAGAACUGGAUUGGGGAAGAAGGGUGAAAAUUGUGCAAGGCGUGGCUCAUGCAAUUGCAUACUUGCACAAUGAUUGCACUCCUCCAAUUGUGCACCGAGACAUAACUGUGAACAACAUCUUACUGGAGUCAGAUUUCGAACCACGACUCUCAGAUUUUGGCAUUGCAAGAUUGUUGAGUUCAGAAACAACAACAGUUGCUGGGUCUUAUGGUUACAUGGCUCCGGAGCUCGCAUUCACUAUGCGAGUAACGGAUAAAUGCGACGUUUAUAGCUUUGAAGUGGUAGCAUUAGAAGUUAUAAUGGGUAGGCACCCAAGGGAGCUUCUAUCUUCUUUGUCAUCAUCCAAAUCAACAAAAGCAACACCAAUUUCAGACAAUGCAGAAUUUCUUCUAAAGGAUGGGCUGGACCAAAGACCCCCACAACCCACAGGUAUUGCGCAGGAUGUGGCAUUUGUGGUGACAAUGGCCUUACAUUGCGUGAGUGACACGCCAGAGUCACGGCCCACCAUGCGUUUCGUGGCACAAGAACUGUCAGCUUGA